UUUGAACCUAAGUAAUGUAAAAGAAGGUUGGAUAAAACAUAGGAGCAAAAUCCUGGAUAUUUUCAAUCGUAUACAUUGAAAUAUUCGAAAUUUCAUUGCCAUUCAGUUUACAAUCUAUAUUAGUAGCUUUUAUAUGCAACACAUAAUUUGGUUUUGUAAUUUUUUGAACAGAACUUGAUUAAAUUAAAAUAGUCUAUGGAGAACUAUCUUCUCAUCGCCACUUUGAUUAGUGCAAGUCUUGUUUUUGGUUGCUAUGUACUUGUUCAGAUUGGAGAAACAUGUUCCCGUGACAUCAAUGACUGUGGUACAGGGCUGCAGUGCUUGGAAUGCUACUCGCAAAAUCGGUGUACCAGAAUCCGAGCUUCAAGUCCUAUUUCAAAAGUCCUUAGUCCUCACAAUGAUGGAGCUCCCAUUUAAUCAUUACUCAUGGCUUACAACUCACAACUCCUUCGCUUGGAAGGCAGCGAACUUGACUAUAGACUCUCGAAUUUCGUUUAUCAUAAACCAGGAAGACUCCAUUACAGAUCAGCUCCAUAAUGGUGUGAGAGGAUUAAUGUUAGAUAUGCAUGAUUACAAAAAAGACAUUUGGUUGUGUCGUGGCUCGUGCACCAAAUUUACAGCCUUUCAACCUGCAAUAAAUAUUCUUAAAGAGAUCAAUAGAUUCCUCACAAUACAUCCAACUCAGAUCGUCACUAUUUUCAUUAAGGAUCAUGUAACAUCAAAAAAUGGUGUGAACAAGGUGUUUAAUAAAGCUGGUUUGAGGAAAUUUUGGUUUCCAGUAUAUAAAAUGCCAAAGAAUGGUAGUGAUUGGCCAACAGUCAAAAAAAUGAUACGCAUGAAUCAAAGGCUAAUUGUGUUCACUUCAAAAGCAACUAGACAGGCUUCUGAACACAUUGCUUAUGAGUGGAACUAUGUUGUAGAAAAUAAAUAUGGAAGUGAUGGGAUGAGAAGAGGUCUAUGUUUAAAUAGAGCAGAAUCAUUUCCAAUGAACACAACUUCAAAGUCACUAGUCCUAAUGAACUACUACAGAAAUGACCUAAAUUCUCAUGAAGCAUGCAGGGAUAACUCAUCUCCAUUGAUUAGAAAGAUGAAUAUGUGCUAUAAAGCUGCUGGUAACCGAUGGCCUAACUACAUCGCUGUUGAUUUUUACAAGAGAGGCGAUGGUGGGGGAGCCCCGGAAGCAUUAGAUGUUGCAAAUCGGAACGUGUUUAGGGCAUGAGGAAACAUGGCUCAUUUUAGUCAUUUGGGAGGUAUAUAUGUAAUGUAUAAAACUACUUUCAUGUCAAAAUUUUUGUUACAUGGGAUGUGGAUCUUAAUUACUUGUUUUAGAAGAACAUAUGUGCUACAAGGAUAUUGAUAAUUUAUGUCCUCGUUACAAUUUUUUUUUAAUUUCAAACCCUGACAUAUAUUUGAGGGUAAGAUCACAAA